AUGGAAUCAUUGAUACACCGUCGUCCUUCGUUGUCACCCCUGUCAUCUGCGUCGGGGUACUCUUCCUCAUCGACGGCAUUCAACAAUAAUACCACCACCAACAACAACAACAACAGUAGCAAUCCUCCUGUGAUUGUGUCCAAUCAGCGGUUGUCGAAUAUUAAGAUGAAUUUGCAAUCUUCAUGGUUGAACCAGGCAACCUCGGCAGCAACUUCUGUAGGGCCUUGGGUCGAACAGCAGCAGCAGCAAACACUAGACGGUUUGGAUAAGAAGUCUCUUGAGGAAACGGCCAAAAAUCAAGAACCAGGCCGAUUUGCCGAGAACUCUGCCAAUCAGACUAAACGCAAUGAUAAUGAUACAAUUACCCAAAUGAACGACACGAAACAAAAUAAUGACACUGAUAAUGAGAUAAAUAGGAUAAAUGCCAGCAAGGGGAGUACCAAUAGUGGGAAAGGCACUCUUGUUGGUGGCACUGAUACCAGUGGUGGUGGUGGUGGUGGUACUAAUGAUGAUGGAAACAAGAAGAAAAAAGAUAGAAAAGGAGAAGAAGGAAAAGAAGAAGGGGUGACAAAUGUUGAUAAUGAUAACGAUGACAAUGAUGAUGACGAUGACGAUGAUAAUAAUGACGAUGAUGACGACGACGACGACGACGACGAACUAAUCCCUACUGCUAUUGUGAUUAAAAAUAUUCCCUUUGCUAUCAAAAAGGAACAGUUGUUAGAUGUGAUGACAAAACUAAACCUCCCUCUACCAUAUGCAUUCAACUACCAUUUUGAUAAUGGAGUUUUUCGAGGAUUGGCAUUUGCGAAUUUCACAACUACAGAUGAAACUUCCCUUGUUGUUAAUCGUUUAAAUGGUCGAGAAAUUGGAGGUAGGAAAUUGAGAGUCGAGUAUAAGAAGAUGUUACCUGCACAAGAACGUGAAAGAAUUGAGCGCGAAAGAAGGGAAAAAAGAGGCCAAUUGGAAGAGCAGCACAGAACAAACUCUAAUGUUUCUUUGGUGUCGUUGUUAUCGCAAGCAUCGACUACUGCUGCCACUAAAAAUUUGAGUGUCGCUGGUGGCGGCAUUUCCACAACAACGCAAGAGCGGUUUUUCCUCAACCUUCCCUUUGGCAAUUCACUGUUUGCAACUCCUUCAAUUGAGAUAAACUUUAACGACCCCGAAGUAUUGGAGUUGUACACUCAAUUGGUGUUGUAUCGUGAUGACGUUACGAGGUCGGUUUUUGAAUUGGCAAUAUCGCCAAUCAAUUUGAAUUUAGUACAAAGAAAGAUCAUUUCAUACGUUUGCAACUAUUUGAACUUAUUGGAAUUGUUUGAUAAUGGAUUGGUGAUUAUUCGCAGAAAGCCAGGGUACAUAUCUGUAGCUCCAUUGGCACAACAAGUUCCCAAUCAAGCGCACCAACAACAGCAACACAGCCACCACCUCGCGCCACAUCAUUCUACUUCAAUGAUGAAUCUUAAUCAAAUUGCAAGUAUCCAGAAUCCCGAAUUGUUGCGCUCUCAAUCACAGUCUGCCUUGCCUUUGCCUAGAUUGAGACAGCAGACUUCUACUCCAGUGACGCAACAACAACAACAACAACAACAACAACAACACCAGCAGCAGCUGCUGCAGCUGCAACAACAACAACAACACCAGCAGCAGCAGCAGCAACAACAGCAACAGCAGCAACAACAACAACAACAACUGUAUCAACAACAACAUGUGCCAAGCUAUGCUGUCUACCUGCAGCAACUGCAUCUUUCACAACAAAGGCCAUAUUCUCAACACGGGUACUAUCAGACGCCACAGCAGCAGCAACAACCACAACCACAACCACAACCACAACCACAACAGCAGCAGCAGCAGCAACAACAACAACAACCACAAGUAAAUCCCAUCAAUCUGCUUCAACAAGUUCACCAAUCACAAACGUUUACCCCAAGUUCAAGCUCUGCUGCAGCGUUACUCAGGUCUAGUAGCAAUAGAUCAUAUGUUGAUGUCAGAGCGACCCCUCCGUUAAACAGUUAUUCCCACCAGGUUCACAAUUUGACACAUGGGGGUCAACAGACGCAAGCAUCAUCGAUCACGAGCUCGCCAAUUCAACAAAAUCAACAACAAUUUUUUCCAGGGAACAAUCCGUCGCAACCACAAACGCCUCUUAGCACCAAUUUACGUUUUCAGCCAUUUAGUCAACAUGUUACUUCAAGUUUUACAAAUUUACCUCAAACUGCCAAUAGCGUUGAUGAGUAUAAUAGCAAUUCAGACAUUUCGUCUAAAUUUAAUACAUUAGGUCUAGGAGGAUUGGCAAAUGGCGGGUAUGAAGGGAGUAAUGGUAUUUGGGGAACAAAAUAG